AGUUGCCCUAACCUACAGAGCUAGCGUAAUGUAAGUUUAUGUUCAUAAUCAAACUACAACUUAUGCAAUGAAUGUAUUCAUCUUUACUGGUCUGAUUAUUUCACUCAUUCACAACAACAUGGCCGAUGAACGUGCAAGAAAACGUAUAAUCAAUGGCCAGGAUGCCCAACUUUUUGAUGUCCCAUCUCAAGUUGCCAUUAUGAAAAGGUUAGAUACUGGAUAUUUUGAUCAAUGGUGUGGAGCAGUUUUGGUCGCUUGGAAUAAGAUUCUUACUGCGGCCCACUGUGUGAAGGACGUUGACUUCAGCGAUAUCCGUGCAGUAGUAGGGUUAUUAAACUAUUAUGGACCACUAACUGGUUACGAACAAGUUAUCUCUAUCUCAAAAAGUAACAUGUAUGAAGAUCACUGGUUGGUUAACAAUAAAGAAAUCUAUGAUAUUGCUGUACUGACACUAGCCACUCCAGUCAGACCCAGCAAAAACGUAGAGGUUGUCAAACUGGCAGAUGAAAUCGAUCGUUAUGUCAAUACGUCCUGUAUCAUGAGUGGCUGGGGCUACACUAACAAGACUUUAUGGACAAAGACUAACAGGCUACAGAAAGCGAUUACAAUGAUUAUCUCUAAUACAUAUUGCAAAACAUUUUGGCCACAAUUUUCUGAAGCACUAGAUAAAAAAUUAUUUCUUUGCGUCUAUAACAAGAAUGGUACGUCAGGUCAACCUAACAGUAUUUGUUCAGGAGAUAGUGGGGGCCCUUUGUAUUGUGGGCCUAAUAAAGACAUACUUGUUGGAACUGCAGUCGGCAAUGAAUCAAAAUGCAAAGGUAUGCUUGCUCAAGUGUUCACAAAUGUUGCAACGUAUAAAGAUUGGUUGGCAGACAAAUUGUGAAGCUUUCUUUCUUUUUUUCUUUGAUGCAAUUACAAAAA